AUGGUGCAGAAGCUCGCAAAAACCAUAGACAUGUCUGAACUCAGCAUUCUUCUUCUGGGUAAAAGUGGAUCAGGAAAGAGUUCAUCAGGAAACACUAUACUGGGUAUAAAUAAGUUUAAAGUGCGUUGCCACUCUGAAUCUACAACUCAACAUUGUGAGAAACAUAAGGGGAAUAUACAAGGUAGAAACAUCUCAGUGAUCGACACUCCUGGACUGUUUCACACGUCCAUGACAGAAGAAAAUCUGAAAGCUGAACUAGAGAAGUGUCUGGAAAUGUCUGCUCCUGGUCCUCAUGUAAUUCUGAUCGUGAUCAGACUGGACAGAUUCACAGAAGAAGAGGAGAACACAGUCAAAUGGAUUCAGAAGAACUUUGGAGAAGAAGCUAAGAGAUUCACCAUGUUUUUAUUCACUGGAGCUGAUAAAUUAGAGAAACCACUAGAUGAAUCUCUGCAAGAAAGCAUCAGGAUGAGUGAGCUGCUGUCUAAAUACAAGUCAGCAUAUCAUGCCUUUAAUAAUGUACUGAAGGAUGACAGAGCUCAGGUCACUGAACUGCUGGAGAAAAUAAUGCAAAUGAUGAAUAAAAAUGAAAGAAUGAAUAAAUACUACACUAAGGAAAUGUAUCAUGAGGCUCAGAGUAAGAUUAGAAAGGAAGAGGAGAGAAGAAGACAAGAGGAAGAGAAAAAGAAACAGGAACAGGAGAAAAAGAACCAAGGGAAGAAGGAAGAGAAUGAAAAAGAGAACAGAGUCACUGAGCUUCUGGUAAAGAUAAGGGAAAUGACACAGGAGUACAACUACAGUCUUUAUACUAAAAAGAAAUAUGAGGAAACUCAGAAGAAACUGUUCAUAGCAAAUGUUGCAGGAGUCCUAACAGGAGGAGUAGUAGGAGCAGGAGUUGUAGGAGGAACAGCUUCAUUGUUAGGUUCUGCUAAAGCGGUUGCAAUUGGCGCUGCAGUGCUUGGUGGUACAGGUACAGCUGCAGGCGCAGGAAUUGCUGGAGUUGGAGCAGCAGUAUAUAAGUAUUCCAAAAGAGAAUCCUCAGCUGAAAAUAAGAACAAGGGAGUCUGA